CGAUCUGCUGAAUCCGUAAAGUCACGUGACUAUCCUAGUCUCUUAAAUGUUUUACGGAGCAAAGCAACUGUUCGUUUUGUUAUUUAAAUAUUAUUAUAUCAUUUAUUGAAUUAUACAGAAAAGAAGAGUUUGCUGUAUGAUGAAAGCUGUUGUAUCUCGGCAACAGUCUUAAACAGUAAUAUCGAAUGAUAUAAGGUUAGGAAACAAGUGUGUUUUAAUACAAAAAGUAGUUACAUACACAACUGAAAAGAUGCAAACGAACAGCGUUAUAAUGAGAACAUUGCUGUCAGCCCGCACUUUAUUGAAGCCGUGGCUAAAUCCAGGAAUAGUUAGAAUGAACUCGUAUGCAGUACCAAUUUCAUUUAAGGAUAUUGAAAUACCUGAACGUAAAAAGCUAAAAGUUUGUCCAAAAGUUCCUAUAUACCCGCACGGAGUUCAUAACUUUAGGAUGCAAAAGAGGUUAAAGUUAAUGCGUGGUCCAGAAUUGCAUCACAACACUCUCUUAUACAAACAAUAUGGCAUAGUAGCAAGAGGAGGAGGUAGACUAAAACAUUGUCACUACGAAGUCAUACGUUAUACUCUACUCAGAACAGUUUAUAAAUACCAUAAAGAUGUAUUUGCAAUAUGGAGAGUACCAGAGCCAUGGCAGCCUAUAACGAAGAAGAGCCACGGAAUGCGAAUGGGUCGCGGCAAGGGUGGCAUAAAUCAUUACGCGACACCGGUAAAAUCGGGACAAAUUCUGGUGGAAGUAGGAGGACCAUUCGAGUUCUUCGAAGUCAAGAAGUUCCUCAAGGAUAUCGCGAAUAAAAUGCCGUUCGCCGCGGAAGCGGUCAGUCAGGAAAUGAUGGAGAAAGCGGAGCUAGAGAAGAGAAGAAUCAAGGAGGAAAGUCUAAAUCCUUGGGUUUGGAAAUACAUUAUUCAGAACAAUAUGCUCGGCUGCCACAAAUGGAUAUCGAAAUACGACAAAAAAUGGUUUAUGGAGUACUUGUAAUUUAAAGUCUGUUGUAAAUAUUUCCAUGUCUAUAUUCGCCUGAGAACGGGUAGGAGUGAAUAAAAAUCUGGAUAACAACGA